AUGCGCUUGGGAACUCUAUCAUUGCUCGCUCUGGGAGCGACUACAACUAGCGCCUUCCAUGAUACUUCUCCCUUUUUCCUAGCAUCGACUUCGGAGAAUCUUUCUAUCUCAGCACAGCUUAAGACUGCUUCUUCGCUACUGGAGGAUCUUUCCUCGAAGCUUUCUGGCUGUCCUUCCGACUACUAUGUUAUCGCUUCCCAACCUGGCGUCCACAGCAACGACUUCUCUACACUCAAGUCCGCACCCCGCCUCGGCGCGAAAUUGACUGGCAAGGAUCAUACCAUCCGCUCGAAGACGAUCAUAAACGAAGUUGUUGGAGUUCUAGAAGCAAGGAAGGUGCAAGAACUAUUAGAAGCAGAGUGUGGAGCUCAAUCUACCAUCAUUGAUGCCUCCUCUGGCAUUUACUCCCCCGACUUUGGCGCUGAGCCCCGUGUGAUCCGCCUCGACUUUCCUGUGCUUCCCCAGGGAUCUGAUCGCCGCCUCCAGCUUUCCGAUAAUGAUGGCCUUCUCUCCGACAUCAUCGAACGGCUGCCGUAUUCCAAGACGUACACUAUUCUUUACAUCACUUCGCCUAAGGAAACAUUGAGCUCUGAUAUCGGUGUUUACGAAUCUGAGGAUGCUUCCUACCAGGACCCCCUCCACAUGGAUUUGAAGCGGGACUUCUCGGCACAUGGUCUUGAGGACGAUGCUCCCUCAAACAAGACGCUUUUCCGCGAAUACCACUAUUUCACUCCAGGCAUCAUUAUGGGGCUGAUGGCCUCCCUUUUCUGUAUUCUGAUCUUGUAUGUUGGUCUCAGUGCUCUCCUGAGCCUCGAGGUUCCGUACGCGGCGUUUGAGAAGGACAUCUCCGCCAGUGUGCAGAAGAAACAGCAAUGA